AUGCUGCUUUCAUCUUUCUCUCUAGCGUUUUUCGCAUCGAGUAUCUCGGCCACGGCUCUCGAGAAACGAGCCACGACAUUCUGCACAACCCCUUCCGGUCCAGGUUUCUGCUCUACAACCUCUUCACCUUGCACAGGAGGAACAUACAUAUCCGGCCACUGUCCCGGAGCAAGCAACAUCCAAUGCUGCGUCGCAUCCUGUUCACCUCCCUCAGGCACCGGAGUAUGUGAGCCCACCUCUCAAACAUGCUCCGGUUCCUUCUACGCCGGCUACUGUCCCGGUCCAUCAGACAUCCAAUGCUGCGCGCCUAAAAGCUCAGGCGGAGGUGUUGGCGCGGGAAAGUUGGGAAUUGAUAUCUCGAGUACCCCAAGUGCGUCGUUCUGGACAUGUGCGGCUAGUAGUUUCGAAGUCGUCGCUCUGCAGGGUUACAUCCAAGGAUGUGCCAAAGGCGGAGCUAUCAAGGCGGGUUUUACGACGAACUACGCAGCCGCGAAAGCAGCUGGGAUUCCGAGGAUCGAUGCGUAUAUGUUCCCAUGCACGGGGACGCAGGAUACAGGCGUGGCUUGCAAGAGUCCGACUGCUCAGCUUCAGGAGUUUUUGGGGGUUGUGGAUGCGAAUUCGAUGGUGAUUUCGAAUUACUGGUUUGAUAUCGAGCCGACUAGUACGGCGAGUGGAGAUCCGUGUAAUGCGUGGAAUUUGGGGGCUGCUGCGAAUGAGAAGUUGGCCAAGGAGUGGGUUGUGGCGCUUAAGGCUACGGGGAGGAAAUGGGGGAUUUAUGCUAAUGGGAAUCAAUGGACUUCUAUGUUUGCUUCUCGCUCUACUGAUAUUGGGUCUUCGUUACCGCUCUGGGCUGUUCAGUUUGAUAAGAAACCGGGAGUUAAUACUGUGACCACUUUCAUGGGUGGUUGGACUUCUGCUGUUGCGAAACAGUAUAAUCUUGAUACAACUGCUUGUGGUGGAGGUGUCGAUCUAGACUCUUUCCUGUAA